AUGUCAGAAUCACCAAUGUUUCCAGCCUCUGAUUCUUCAGAAUCAAACGAGGACGUAAGAAUUCUUGGUUACGAUCCAUUAGUUUCCCCUGCCCUAUUACAAGUCCAGGUUCCAGCCACACAACAAAGUUUAGCAACCGCUAAGAGAGGGAGAAAAGAGUCUAUUGAGAUUUUGACAGGCAGAGAUGACAGGUUGUUGGUUAUUGUUGGACCAUGCUCAAUUCAUGAUUUAGAUGCAGCAGCAGAAUAUGCGCAAAGAUUGAAAAAAUUAUCAGAUGAGUUGAAAGGUGACCUAUGUAUUAUAAUGAGAGCCUACUUAGAAAAGCCAAGAACGACCGUCGGCUGGAAGGGUCUAAUCAAUGAUCCAGAGUUGAACAACAGUUUCAACAUUAACAAAGGUUUACAAUUUGCUAGACAAUUAUUUGUUACUUUAACCGAUAUCGGAGUACCAAUCGGUUCUGAAAUGCUGGAUACUAUCUCUCCUCAAUUCCUGGCUGAUUUGCUAUCAUUUGGUGCUAUUGGUGCAAGAACUACCGAAUCUCAACUUCAUAGAGAAUUAGCUUCCGGAUUAUCAUUCCCAGUUGGUUUUAAAAACGGUACUGAUGGUACUUUGGAUGUUGCUAUUGAUGCAGUUCAAGCCGCUUCUCAUCCACAUCAUUUCAUGGGUGUCACCAAACAUGGUGUCGCUGCCAUUACAACUACCAGGGGUAAUGAAAACUGUUUCAUUAUCCUGAGAGGUGGUAAGAAGGGUACUAAUUAUGACGCUCAGUCCGUUGCAGAAGCCAAGAAACAGUUAGCUCCAGGCUCCAACGGUUUAAUGAUUGACUAUUCUCACGGUAACUCGAACAAAGAUUUCAGAAAUCAACCAAAAGUUAACGAUGUUGUUGCCGAACAGAUUGCUAACGGUGAGAACUCCAUUAUAGGUGUUAUGAUUGAGUCGAAUAUCAACGAAGGUAAGCAAAAUAUUCCACCAGAGGGAAAAUCAGGAUUGAAAUAUGGUGUUUCCAUCACUGACGGUUGUAUAAGUUGGGAAACCACUGAAGGAGUUUUAAGAAAGUUGGCUGCUGCCGUCAGAGAAAGAAGAAAUCUUAACAAAAAAUAA